AUGAUGAUCCAAAUUCAUUAAAUGAUAACCAUAUGAUAAGACGAUCUGAUACGGAUGAUAAUGAUACGGAUGAUAAUGAUUCAGAUGAUUAUUCGGAUGAUGAAGAAGAUGAUGAUAAUGAUGAUGAUGAUCGUGCUGAAAGUAAUCGUGAUGAAAUAAUGCUCGAUGAUGAUGAUGAUAAUCGUAAUAAUAAUAAUAGUAAAGAAGAUGAUGAUGAUGAUGAUGUUGAUCGUGAUGAUUUUGGUGAUAAUGGUGAAACACAACAAAUUGAUUCUGAAAUUAUAAUGCCACAAAUAUUUUUAUGGAAUAAUCCGGUUGAAACAUUAAAUGAUGAUUCGGAUGAACUAACCGGUGAAAAAGAUGAUGAUUUUAAUCUUGAUGAAACACAAUUUGAUCAAGAAUAUCCUGAUAUGUUAGAUCCACAAGCUAGUAGUCAAUCAUCAUUGGAAACAUCUGCAAGUGAAAUUAAUCAAACAUUACAAUUUCAACCAAAUAAUCAUCAUUCGAAUCCGAAUCUAAAAAAUAAUGAUGAUAAUCAAAACGUUGAUCAAAAUAAUAAAACAACAAAAAUUGAAGAAAUUGUAGCAGCCACAACAACAGGUGAAACAAUUAUUAUUAAAUAA